GGCGAAAAUGCUACAAACGAAAGAAGAUAGACAUACAAGUUUCGGUAUGUGCAUUGAAUGAAUUUUACAAACAAAUACAUUCGGAAAUCGGUUGUUAGUCAACGCCGCACUCUUCUGUCGCCAUUGUGUGUUGUGUGUGAUGUGUUGUUGUAUGUGGUGUAUAUAACUAUAAUAUAUACACGUAAAAGCAAUUCCAAUCGACAGCAAAAAAGUUUUUUAGUGAAAAAUUUAUGUUGCAAAAUUAAAACCAGAAAAAAGUUAACUUGAAUCAAUCAUUGCAAAUCGGUACAUUUGUUGGUGAAAUGUUGAACAUUGAUUAAAAGCGCUACGAAUCAUUCCAAUAGUUCCCGGAAUUCAUUCAACUACACCAGAAAAGUGGAAAAAAAUGAACUCCAAACGAUAAUAACAUUAGAAAAUUGCAAAGACCAAAUUAAAAUUUCGAAAAGAUAUAUCCGUUUCAAUGAGGAAUAUCAUCGAAAGGAAAAUUGAAAGAAGAAACAUGGUGUGCCAUUGAAUUGUUAGUGCUUGGUUGCAUUUAUUUUCGUUUUUUUUUUGGUAAUUCCAUACACCUAGUUUAUAUAUACACACAUACAUUCUUCGUUUAUCUAUUAUAUCCAUUUGUUUUCGUCUUGUCAAUGUUCAGUGGCGAAUUUGAUUACUGUUCCAACUGUUUUGGUCCAAUGACCGAUGGCUGAACAACACCUUCAAUAUCGUUAACGCUAGCGUCUGCAUCAUAAUUGGCAUUAUAGUAGUCAUCGACGGAAACGUAGUGUGCACCGCCGUAAAAAUCCAAGACAGCGAUGUGCUCAAUAUUCAAUUUGCAAAAAUAAAAUGUAUGCGAAUUUCGCCAGUGUAUUGAUGCUGGGUGUCGAUUGGUGUACCAUUUGUCUGCUUGUUUGUAUUCGACUGUGUCCAAUGUCAAACGCUCUACUUUGCCAGUGAAAAUGACUCGUGAACAUGUUGGUUCCAUAGUAUCGGUGUGAUUGGAUGUGCAGGCUAAAUCUUGAUCUUCAGUAAACAUAGCUGUUAAUUUGUUAUUAAUUGCCAAAUCUUGUCCGGUAAAAUCCAAAUCGGUGAGCAAAAAAUAGAUGUGUCCCGUCGAUGGUGCAUUACAGGCGCUAUCAGCAAUUGAUAUGACAUUCACCAUUGGAAAACCAUGAAUAGUCGAUAGACUCGAUAUAGUCCCCAUCGAUGUCCAAUUUGAUUUGUGAACCAAAUAGCGUGCCAUUUUUGCGUACUCAUGAUAUGGUGGACGAACUGUCGAAUCAAUUGCACUAAUUGGUUUAUAUUCGCCGAAUGACAGUAUGCCGCACAGCAGCAAUCCAAAGUUAAUCGAUUUGUUCCAAUAGGAAGUUCAACAUCAAGAUGGGAAAGCUACUGUCAAAAAUUUUUGGCAACAAAGAAAUGCGGAUUUUGAUGCUUGGACUAGAUGCGGCUGGUAAAACAACUAUUUUGUACAAGCUAAAAUUGGGUCAAUCGGUAACCACGAUACCUACGGUUGGAUUUAACGUAGAAACUGUUACAUAUAAAAAUGUAAAAUUCAAUGUAUGGGACGUUGGUGGACAAGACAAAAUUCGGCCUUUAUGGAGACACUACUACACAGGAACACAGGGUCUAAUAUUUGUCGUUGAUUGUGCUGACCGGGAUCGUAUCGAUGAAGCUCGAACCGAGCUGCAUAGGAUAAUAAAUGAUAGAGAAAUGCGCGAUGCAAUUAUUCUGAUAUUUGCAAAUAAACAAGAUCUAGCAGACGCAAUGAAACCACUUGAGGUUCAGGAGAAACUAGGAUUGACUAGGAUCCGAGAUCGAAAUUGGUAUGUGCAACCAUCGUGUGCAACAUCCGGUGAUGGACUGUGCGAAGGCCUAACAUGGCUAACAUCAAAUCAUAAAUUAUGAGAUUAGCCAUACACCGCCCAAGUUCAGCCGCAACAAACAAAAACAGCAUACGCAAUAUACAACACAACACAACACACAACAAAAUUUCAACAAUUUAUUUCUAAUUUCAAUUUGUAUUUUGUAAAAGUUUAGAGCGUAUACAGAUAAUGAUAAUACGAGAAUGAUAAAUGACAAUGAAUAUGAUGCAAUGAGAACGCAGUUCAUUUGAGAUGAACAAAAAAAAAACAAUCCCCUUACAUAUAACACGACAAUUAAAUUAAUACAUGAAAAUAGGAAUGAAACAUAUUUCAAGGGAGAGAUGUAAAAAUGAUAAUUGCUAAUCCACUCGGUGGAUCUAUCAUCAUAUCCCUUCCCCUUUUCAUCCCUCUCACUCUCUCUCUCUCUCUUUAUCACUUUCAUACACAUUGAGAAAAAGCCAAUUUCAAUUGCGCAUCGACGAGAGUUUAAUAUUUCAAACAUUUUCAGAAGCAAUACAAAACCAAAUCCACUUUCAAUUUUCUUUAAUCAAUGGAUAAUUGAGUUUAUCUACUUGGUUAGUGCAUUCAAAUUAUUUUCGCAUUCAAGAUUUUCUUUUCCCUCAGUAUUCCAAUGUUUUUGUUACAAUUCUAACACGCUUCAAUGUUCAUAGUUUUGCAUGUAGUACACGUUCCCGUUAUUAACACAACAAAAAGAAGAAACUAAAUUAAUAUCGAAAUCAUUAUUAUUGAACAAAAACUAUUAAGUAUCAAAUUAUCAUCCAGAAGUGCUGCUUUUAUUUAAGAACAGAUACGAUGUUCCAUUUUGGGAACUGUUGAAAUAAAUGAAAAGCAUGCCGACGUAAAAAAAAGGGAAUGGAUAUUUUUCUCAUAAGAAAUUGAAUUAGUUGUACAUGAUUAGGAAAAUCGUAUGAAUCGUAUGAACUAAAUGCAAAUGUAUAUUUAAAAAAUAAAA